AUGACCUCAUCUAUUUCAGAUUUAUCUAAGAAAUGAAAACCGAUCCGUCUUCGGAACCUCAAUGAAGAAAGAGCUCUUAUGAAAAAAUUAGGAAAAAACCAAGAGUCAAGUGCUAGUGACUCUGCUAUUUUUUCAGAUGAAGCAGUCUCAAAUCUUGCGAACUCUUUUAUAAGCAAUGAAAGCUUCAUUAAAUGCAAACUUCAGUCGCCAAUUUAUAAACGAAGAAGUGAGGCAAGUCUAGAAUAUAGCGGAUUGAUCAUGGAGCUAGCAUCAGCCGCAAAUAAGUCAUUAUCCACAGUUCUAAAGAGAGAAAAAGAAGUUCAUGCAGAGAAUAAACUGUCAACUUCUGGCUCAGAAACAAGUUUGGUCAUAAAAGAGUCUUCAAUGAAAAUCGCAAAGAAAUCCGUAAAUAUCACUAAGCAUGCUUCUAUGUAUAAUAUCCCUCAAAAAUCACCCGAUGUUUCCCCAAUACGCCCUCUUCCAGAAACAAAUGCAAAGUUAUCUCACACAGAAAAAAAGGAAGUCCAGAAACCUUCUAUUGAAAAAAUUAAAAUUAGCAAGCCUAAUCUUAUGAAAUCCGAGAAGUUUGAUAUCAUUUUUGCUGAAAAAAUUUUGCCAGUGUUGCUUAAAAGUGCCAAAAUAAGUCAUAAAGAAAAAAAUUCUGAAACCGUUGAAGCUAAAGGAACAAAUAAUGAAAAAGGUAAAACAAGUGAGAUGAUUCGCAGGUCUAAAUAUACAAGAAAGAAAAAAUAA